CAAAACUCUCCAUAGAUUAAAACGUUGUCUUUACCAUCUAGACCCUUUUCUUGAAUUCAACAAAUCGAGCGUCACUUAUUGCCUUCAAACCACUUUUUGAAAGAAUCACCCGAAUACUUCAUCUUCACUUCAUCCGAUUCGUAAUCCUCCAACUAUUUCGACAUCGCAGAGAUGGCAAGCGCACCGACGGAAAAUGAGCAGGUUCCCCCUGCCGCCUCGCAGCAGAACGAGGAAGAGGCUGUCCUGCCUUCGGAGCCCAAGAUGCCGACUCGGAAGGAUACUUCAUUGAAGGAAUUCUUGACUAAGAUGGACGACUAUGCACCCAUUAUCCCGGACGCCGUGACGAACUACUACAUGACAAAAGCCGGUCUUCCCCCACCACCCCACACCGACCCGCGCCUCGCGCGCCUCAUCGCCCUCGCGGUCCAGAAGUUCGUCGCCGAUAUCGCCGCCGACGCCUACCAAUACAGCCGCAUCCGCGCGUCCAAUACCAGCGCGAAUAACCCGAUGGGCAACCUCGGCGCCGCGGCGGGACUCCAGAUCCCGGGCCAGACGCAAGCCAACACCAAAGAUCAAGGACGUGGUGGACCCCUGGGCAUCCAGAGAGCGGGUUACGGUGGAGGAGGCCAGGGCGGUAGCCAGAAUCGCACGGUCCUUACCAUGGAAGAUCUCGGUAUGGCCGUCGGCGAAUACGGUAUCAACGUGAAGCGAAGCGAAUUCUACCGAUAAGCAUCUAGGUAUGCUCGAAGAUUAUCAACCAGCAAUGGUUACGUACCUUGGACGCUAAUGUCAAUUUUUUUAAAACAGGCGUUUAGCAGCUCCUAAAUGCUGCCGUCACCAAAAUGGCGAGGAAAUACGUCGUCGGCUUAGUUUGGAGCUAUACCUGGAUAUUCAGACACAUAACUUUUUUUGAUGUUGUACUAAACAAGGCACUGGCAUUACUAUAUUUCUACGGAACGGCAAGACAAGUCCACGAAGGCCCUGAUA